GGUGGCCCGAGAGAGAUUGAGAUUGAGAUCGAGAUUUCAAUUUCAUUUCGCCCUCCCCCCCGUUCGAAAAAAAUCACCUUCUAGAGAGAGAAAGAGAGAGAGAGAGAGAGAGAGUGGCGCACGCGCUCGGACACGAGCGCAGCAGCAGCAGCAGCACGACAACUAACGACUGCGAGCGCCUCCCUCGCUAGUUCCUCACUCGUUCUUGCUCGGAACCCAUGAAUCAGCUCCGGCUCCCGAAGCCCUAGGACGAGGAAACGCGACGACCCGUUUCGAAUUCGCGCCCCGGGAGGAGGAAAGGAGGAGAUGGGUCAGAAGCUGCAGCAGCAGCUGAGGGAGCUCGGAUCCAAGCUCGAGUCCCCGCCUCCCUCCAAGGACGCGCUCGCCAAGCUCCUCAAGCAAGCUACAACAUGUCUAUCGGAGCUGGACCAAUCGCCAUCAGCUUUGACUUUGGAAUCUUUAGAGCCUUUGUUCAAAGCAAUUGUCAAACCGGAAUUGCUAAAACAUCCAGAUAGAGAUGUCAAGCUUCUUGUGGCAGCCUGUGUUUGCGAGAUAACUCGAAUCACAGCUCCCAAUGCCCCCUAUGAUGAUGAUGUUUUAAAGGAUAUAUUCCAAUUGAUCGUAAGCACUUUCAGUGGAUUAAAAGAUGCUAGUGGUCCGUCAUUUGGAAGAAGAGUGGUCAUAUUGGAGACUGUUGCCAAAUAUAGGUCAUGUGUUGUGAUGUUGGAUCUAGAAUGUGAUGAUCUGGUGAAUGAGAUGUUCAGUACAUUCUUUGCUGUUGCCAGUGAUGAGCAUCCAGAAAGUGUUCUGACAUCAAUGCAGACGAUCAUGACUGUUCUUUUGGAAGAGAGUGAGGAUAUCCCUGAGGAUCUUGUACUGAUUUUACUGUCUGUGUUAGGUCAAAACGAAAACGAUUUCUCUGGAGCUGCUAGAAAGCUUGCGAUGAAUGUUAUAGAGAGCUGUGAAGCAAAACUUGAACCGGGUAUAAAGCAGCUUCUUGUUUCGUUGAUGUCCGGAGAUAGCAAGCCUUUGAAUAAUCAAAUCGACUACCACAAGGUUAUAUGUGAUGUAUAUCAGUGUGCACCUCAGAUAUUGUGAGUCAUCCCAUAUCUAAAUGGAGAGCUACUGACGGAUCAGCUAGAAGUUCGUUUAAAAGCUGUGAAACUAGUUGGAGACUUAUUUUCCAUUCCUGGCCAUGCUAUCACUGAGCCUUUCCAGCCAGUCUUUUCAGAGUUCUUGAAGAGGCUGACUGAUAGAGCGGUUGAAGUAAGAAUGUCUGUCCUUGAACAUGUCAAGAACUUCCUGCUGUCAAAUCCUUCUAGAGCUGAAUCUUCUCAAAUAAUUGAUGCCUUAUGCGACCGACUGCUGGACUAUGAUGAGAACGUGCGAAAGCAAGUUGUCACUGUUAUUUGCGAUGUGGCAUCCAAUUCUCCAAACUCUGUUCCAGUUGAUGCUAUAAAACUUGUUGCAGAUCGUCUUCGAGACAAAUCACCUCUGGUCAAGAAAUACACCAUGGAGAAGUUAGCUGACAUAUUUAGGAUUCAUUGCAUGGACUCUGACGUGUCAGGUGGUGGGAAUAAAUAUGACUGGAUACCAGGAAAGAUUUUGAGAUGCUUCUAUGACAAAGAUUUUCGAUCUGACAUGAUAGAAUCUUUCCUGUAUGGAUCCCUUUACCCAAUUGAGAUGUCGAUAAGAGAAAAAGUUAAAUAUUGGGUAAGAUUCUUCUUGGCGUUCGAUAAGGUUGAGGUAAAAGCGCUUGAACGGAUGCUUGAGCAGAAGCAAAGGUUACAACAAGAGAUGCAGAGGUAUCUGUCUUUAAGGCAGAUGUAUCAGAGUGCUGAUGCUCCUGAAAUCCAGAAGAAGGUGCAAUUCUGCUUCAAAAUUAUGUCUCGGUUCUUUCCCGACCCUGCAAAAGCAGAGGAGAAUUUCCAUAUUCUCGAUCAGUUGAAAGACACUAAUGUCUGGAAGAUCUUGGCGGGUCUCCUAGAUCCAGAUACUAGUUUUGAUCAGUCUCGAACUUAUCAGGAUGAUAUGCUGAAGAUUCUUGGUGAAAAACACAGACUUUAUGAGUUUCUUGGCAUGUUGUCAGUGAAGUGUUCUUAUCUGCUGUUCAGCAAGGAGCAUGUGAAGGAGAUUAUUCUGGAAGUGUCUACUCAGAAAAGUGCUGGAAAUACUCCUCUGAUAUCAUCUUGCAUGAAUACUCUAGUGCUUCUUGCACGGUACAGCCCCUCGCUGCUCGUUGGGAUUGAGGAAGAACUAGUGAAUUUUAUUAAGGAUGACAAUGAUACAAUUAAGGAGGGGGCCCUUCACAUUCUAGCGAAGGCUGGUGGUAUCAUAAGAGAACAACUUGCAGCAUCCUCAAGCUCAGUGGACCUUACUGAGAGAUUAUGCUUACAAGGUAGUCGAAGACAGGCUAAGUAUGCUGUGCACGCUUUGGCAGCAAUAACAAAGGAUGACGGCCUGAAGUCACUAUCUGUAUUGUAUAAGAGGCUGGUGGAUAUGCUGGAGGAUAAGACGCAGUUACCGGCUGUUCUCCAAUCUCUAGGAUGCAUAGCUCAAACUGCAAUGCCAGUUUUCGAGACUAGGGAAGAAGAAAUUACAGAGUUCAUAAAAAGCAAGAUUCUGAUGUGCAGUGAUAAGGCAGAUGAAAAUACAGAGUCAAGUUGGGACGAUAGAAGUGAACUUUGCCUGAUGAAGAUAUAUGGAAUCAAGACACUAGUCAAGAGUUAUUUGCCUGCCAAAGAUGCUCAUCUUCGUCCUGGAAUUGAUGGCCUCUUGGCAACUCUCAAAAACAUUCUGUUGUUUGGAGAAAUGGCAGAAGAUGUCAAAUCUAGUUCAGUUGAUGAGGCUCACAUGAAGCUGGCUUCUGCAAAGGCAAUUAUCCGUCUGGCAAAACAGUGGGACGAAAAGAUCCCGGUGGACAUAUUCCACUUGACAUUAAGGACAUCAGAGAUUGGUUUCCCUAAAGCCAGGAAAAUGUUCCUGAGCAAAAUCCAUCAGUAUAUAAAGGAUCGUGUACUUGACGCAAAAUAUGCUUGUGCCUUCCUGUUUGGGAUAGUUGGCUUGAAGACCUCAGAUUUUGAAGAGGAAAAACAGAAUCUAGCUGAUAUCAUACAAACACAAUAUCAGUUAAAGGCAAGGCAACUAGCUAUGCAAAGUGAUACAAACUCUGUUACCGCUUAUCCGGAGCACAUUCUCGCAUACCUGGUGCAUGCUCUGGCUCAUCAUUCAUGUCCUAAUGUUGAUGAGUGCAAGGACAUUAAAGCCUAUGAAGAUAUAUACAGGCAAUUGUACCUUUUUCUUUCAACUCUAAUAAAUGGAGAGGAUGAUGGCAAAUCAGAAGCUGGCCCAAAAAAGGAUAAAGAGAGUGUUUCUGCGGUGAUUUCUAUCUUGCAAAAUAUCAAGUGCUCAGAAGAUGUUGUUGAUUCAGCAAAGACAAAGAAUGCACACGCUAUAUGUGACCUUGGACUGUCAAUUAUGAAGAGGUUGACUCAAGCAGAUGGCAGCUUGCAAGUGAUGCCUGCAUCAGUUUCCCUCCCUCUGAUGCUUUACAAAUCACGUGAAACUAAAGAAGGGGAUAACUCUGAGGCAAAUGAAGGAAAGACUUGGUUGGCUGAUGAGAGUAUCUUGACACACUUUGAGUCACUGAAAUUGGAAACAUGUAGCAGUGUUCUUUCAGAAAAUCCAGAGGAAGAGGAUUCUAAGGUUGGUGAACAAGAUGGAAAUGAACUCCCACUAAAGAAAAUAGUAAAGAAUUUGAAAUCUCAUGGAAAGAAGGGCAGAAAAGCAAGAAAAGGCCAGACUAGAAAUAAGAAACCUGAAAAUGAUUUUGAUGUCUUGAAUAUGGUUAGACAAAUAAAUUUGGACACUAUGGACAUAUCUGCCAAGUUGGACACUGUCAAUGGUCAUGAACAUCCUGACACGAAAGGUACAAAAUCUCAACUAAGAUAUCAAAAUGGGGAAAAAAGUGAAGGCAGUGAUGCUACACCAAGUCCCAUACCUAAGCGCAGGAGGUCUUCAGCUGCUCAUGGUGCUGUAAAAUCACCUAACAAGAAUGCCAAGUUGUCAAGAAGUAAAGCAUCUUUGAUUGAUUCUGACUUAUUAGUAUCAAGCUUUCGCAAGAAAAGAAGUUCCCCUUCAAGACACCCUGUCAAAGGGUCUGAUAGAGAUCAUACUGAUGAGGCACAUGAAGGUGGAGAAGUUCUUGAUGAUGAUCUGAAGUUGGAGACUGAUAAGGCUAGUACAAAUGAUGUAAUGUCCCCUGGGGGUUCAUCCAAGAAGAGGAAACGAAAAAGCAUUGCUGGAUUGGCGAGGUGCACAUUGAAGGAUAUUGAGAUCGAAGACCUAAUUGGGUGCAAGAUAAAAGUUUGGUGGCCAAUGGAUAAGCAGUUCUAUCAAGGUACAAUCAAGUCAUACGACAGAAAAAGGAAGCAUGUUGUUCUUUAUGAUGAUGGAGAUGUUGAAAUACUCAACUUGGAAAAGGAGCGGUGGGAACUCAUGGACAAGGGCGUAAACAUGCAAAGAAGUUGAAAUCAUUGAAGGGCUCUUCUGCAAAGAAAGCUAUAACCGAUCAGAAAGAAAAGGUUUCCAGUGGUUCUAAGAAGAUUAAAGAAACGGUGAAGAUAGUGAAAGGAAAAAGAACUCCAAAGAAAAAGCCCAACCCUCAAGUACAUCAGAAACUGUCUCUCGGGAUGCUGAGGGAAAGGGGGUCUCAGAUCUAUCCGAUGCUGAUCCUACAACUUCUAAAGAUUAUGUUGAAUCAGGUAACUCAGAAGAUCCAGAUGCUGAAGAAGUUGAUGGGAAACAAAUACAGAGGGAUGAAUCUGACACAGAGAUGCGUUCAUUUUCUAAACGGAAACGGGUCAAAGACAUGGAGAGUACCCCAGUAGUGCAGAAGCUCAUGAUGAAGAGGAGGAAUGUAGCGAUAUGGACAGUCUCCGAGCAGAAGAUCGGGAAUCUGAUGAAGAAGAAGGUCCUCCAGCUAAAGAGUCCAUAAAGGGAAGGAUUUGGAAACAAAGACUGCUGGCAGCAAAUCUAAAAGCAAAAAGAAAUCGGGCAGCAAAUCCUUAAAAGCAUCCAUGGUUGCCCAGAUGGAUUCCCGAUGAUGAGCCUCUUAAGCUGUGGAAGAGUCGAGUAGGGAAAUCAGGCUCGAGGAGAGUAGGCUGAUUCAGUUUUCUUUGCUUCAUCUAGUCUUUUGUAGAAUUUUAUGCAGUUGUAGAUGUUGAAAUCAUAAAGCCUCUGUUGGAACUAGCACAACCAACAAGGGGAGGGAAUGGAUUCCAACUCCGUCGGCAAGCUUUGAUGGACCGGAGCACCUGUAGAAUAUCACUUGCUGACGUUCCACGUUAACAGAUGAUCACACAACUGAUGCUCUAUACUCGUAGCGAUAGGAUGUUACCAAUGAUUCAUGUGUUUGUGGAAGAAGCAAGUCUUAGCAGUUAGGCAUUGUUCAGAUGCUAGUCUCUUGUACAGAUGUUUAUGAUAGUGAAUUUGUUGUUUGAAUUGCCACAGCGCGACAGUUACUAUUGGUCGCCGACUCUUGGUGGGUCUCCUGUCUACUAUUCUUCUUUAGUUCAUAUGGUGUACUUUGGAAUUUGUUGUACAUGGUAAGUAUACAUUCGAGGAACUUUUUAAAUGACACCGAGCUCGUUUCAAGGUGUA